CAAUCAGUUAGUUUCCAUUCUCAAGUCUCAACCAAACCAACAACCAUUCCAAUUCAACAUUUUUCCAACCAACAAGACUCGCAGUUGAACACUAAGCAACCUUCAAUUCAAUUCAAUGGACCUUCUUCACUCCACGUCUUCUCUCUCACUUCUUCUCUUUCUCUCUCUACAAUGUCAGAACCACAUUCCACUCCUCCUUCUUCCGCGCCCAACGGUGAACCUUCGCUGUCAUACGAAAAUUCCUCUGCCGCCACUCAAUCUCAAUCCAGGUCGCCUGACCGUCCACGCGACUCUCGGCGCGUCAGCAUCACCUACGGGAGAACCUACUGGAGUAUCGUCGACGACUCCGCCAUUGUUAGGGAUGAUAAGUGGUCCUGCUUCGCCGUUAUUUUAAGCUUUUGGUUCUUCGUUGCGGUGACAAUGAUACUGGGUGUUUAUGGGUCAAUGAGCGUGGUUUUAGGUCCAUGUUCUUCAAUUGUUUUGCAACCUAAUCCUGUGUUUGUGCAAUCUGUGAAGGUAGAAAACUUAGAGGCAAAGCCAGGACUCAUUCUUUACGGUACAUAUGAAUAUCCACCUCUUGAUGUUGUUUCCACAUGGACAGAAACUCAUAAUAUAUCUAUUCCUUAUGGCUCAGAUAAGAAAUGGAAAUAUUAUCUGAAUAAAGGGUCUGAAAUAAAUAUUUCAUAUAGUUUGAGCUCUGAGAGCUCCACUAUUUAUCUUGUAAUUGCAGAAGGAGCAGAAAGCCUCUCGGUGUGGCUGGAGAACCCAACAUAUCCCAAUACGACUCUGUAUUGGAAUGUGAUCCGAGGAACUGGUAUGAUUACGCAGGAAAUAUUCAGGUCAUCGAGUUAUUAUGUGGCACUUGGUAAUUUGGAAGAGGAGGUGGAGGUGGAUUUAAACCUCACUGUAAGGGCCUUGUUGCAUAAUACAACGAAUGCUUACUACAAAUGUGCUCUGACUAGUAGUCCAUGCAGUUUAAACAUGUUCUUUCCUGAUGGAAACACAGCUGUUUUAGUUUCACCUGGUCCUCAACAGAACACAUCCAAUGAUGAGUGGUAUGUCAAACUGAACUACGGACCAAGAUGGCUUACAUAUAUUUUUGGCAUAGGUGGACUGACUGUGCUUAUGUUUUGGGCCUGCAACUUCUUGAACAAGGUUCGGAGUUCCCAUGAAGAUAGAGUAGGAUCCAGAGCUGAAGGAACAGGACCUGAGCGAGCCCCUUUACUUUCUCGCAAAGAUGACGAUCUUUCAAGUUGGGGUUCAUCUUACGAUUCCUUAUCACAGGAUGAUCAGGAUCUUGACUUUCUCGCCGGAGGUUCCACUGAUGGGAAGUUUUUAGGUGAUGGUGAAACCAGUAAUAACACACAGCGUCUUUGUGCAAUUUGUUUUGAUGCUCCACGGGACUGUUUCUUCCUUCCGUGUGGGCACUGUGUGGCUUGUUUUGCAUGUGGAACGAGGAUAGCCGAGGCAGCUGGCACGUGCCCCGUUUGUCGUAGGAACAUGAAGAAGGUGAGGAAAAUUUUUACUGUUUGAUCAGUGUACUGAGUCAUGAACCAAAUGAACAGCCAUCAAAAUCGCAGAUUACUUCUUUCAAUGUACUCAAUAUUUUUCUGCUUAUAAUUACAAUGGUCUAGCUAAUGCUACCUGCUAGUGAGGGUUGUAUUGGUCAUGUUAUUGCAACAAAACCUGAGGGUGUAAAUGGGCGGGUAUUUUUCAAAUUGGAAUGACCAACCGUGAGAGGCCAUGUAAUUGGUGUAUGAAUGGAUGGAUGGAUGAAUAUCUGAAUAUGAAUAGCACAAUAAUUGUACUGCUAAUCCCAUGUACUUGCUUAUGUUUUGGAGAAAAUAUACCAUCUAUUGUCAAUCUAAA